AUGUCGCCAGACUCUGAGUUGGUUGGUGUUUCCGCCUGGAGAAAAGGACCAGCCCUGGUGAGGGUGCUGCUCGGGCCCCCUCCCGUCAUCCCCAGGCUCCAGAGCAAGGCGCCCUCGGGAGACCUGGCCCCCGCCGCGGAAUUAGGAGACAGCAAGACAGUACGAGCUGCUGAGAGCUCCCCUCUCCGCCCCCGGGCACCCAGCCCAGCCUCUGUCUGCAGUGGCCCGCAGCUGACUGUCAACACGCCCAACCUGCCUUCCUGCCAUCAGCCCAUGCCCAUCCACACUGCUCCGGCCAUCCUUCGAGGCCUCCGCCAGCAACUGCAGGUUGGGCUGGAGUUGGCCCGGGACCACCACCCCAGGGCAGGGCUGGAGCUCGGGCCCUCAGAGCUGCGGCUGCAGGACCUGGCUGGGAGGAGGCAGCAGGGCCCCUGGAGCACUCCAGCCGCGCAGGGCUCCUUCUCGAAGAGUCCUUGGGCCACAGUAGGGGGGCAGCCCUCCUUCCAGAGGGCUGGGAGCUUCCCUACCAGGCAGCGCUGGAGCGCCCCGGCCCGGCAGGCCUCCUGUCCGCAGAGGGCCUGGGCGGCCCAAGGACAGGACCUCUCCUUCCAGCGGCCUGGGAGCCCCUCUGAAAGAUUGGGCCCCUUCCCGCAGCGGCCGUGGAGCGCCUCGGCCCGGCAGGCCUCCUGUCCCCAGAGGGCCUGGGCCACUCGUGAAUACUGGGAGGCCGCUGCCCGAGGACCACGGAGCCUUCUGGAAAGGGCAAGCCCUCCCGCCCAGCGGCCCUGGAGCGCUUCCUUCACACAGAGGGCCAGCACCCCCUGCAAAGGCCGGGGCUCCCUCCUGCCUCCCUCGGGAGCGAAGCUCGCCUGGCUGCCUGCCCGCAGUGCCUCUCGGAACACACCCGGGAAGGAGAACGAGGGGCGGGCACCGCUGCCCUGCCCGAAGCCCCGGGGGCCCCUGGGCCACCCCUACAGCUCCGAGUCCUUGAGGGACUUCAUGCGCCAGAGGACGCGGGCCAGGCGGCAGCAGGCCCUGCAGGAGAAGGCCUCGGCUGUGCGGGCGCUGGAGCAGAGGAGGCAGAGGCUGCAGGCGGUCUACAGGAAGCAGCGGGAGGCCGUCCGGCGCAAAGCCGUCCCCGUGGUCUCCCAGACGACCCCUGGCAUCGUGACCUUUGUCCCGCAUGCUGCACAGUCCAGGGCCCUGGAAGCCCCUGGGAGCCUGCGGUCGCCCGUGCUGGAGUGGAGCAAGGUGACCUCUGGCAUGGUGCUGGGGGACCAGGAGGCCCCGGGCAGCUUCUGCCUGUGUUUGAACAGAGCCCUGCACCACGCUGAGACUCUGGGGACGGGAGGCCCCCAAGACGGCUGGGGUGGUGGCCCCCUGCUGAUGGGCCCCCUGAAGCUCCAGGACCUGACCACCCGCUACCCGCGCCCGGAGCUGUGCAUCUACCUGGACCCCGAGGAGGCCGAGCGCCUCGGCACGCCGGGCCCCCUGCACUUCCGGUACAAGCAGGCCCGGCUGCAGGCCCUGGAGACCAUGGCCAACGUCCUGAAGCAGCGGAUCGACAUCCUGACCGCGAAGCUGCAGGAGUCCGAGGCAGUGGGCACCCACGGGGACCCGGUCUCAGACCUGCCACCCUCCUGCCCCAGCACCGAGCCUGCUGCCCCCAUGCCCGCAGCCCCAGCCUGCCCUGGAGACUGGAUGCCCAGCGGGGGCAGGGGGUCGCCCCGGGACUGGGAGGACAUGCAGGCCAGGCCGCUUCUCUCUCCCACCCGCCUCCCGGACGACGAGACGCUGCCGUGGAGCCCUGGCUGGGAGUGGCGGCAGAGCGGGAGCCUGAGGGGCCACCAAGCCAGCAAGCCCCAAGGUUUCAUGGAGGACGGGCAUUCGGAGCUGGACAAGAGGCUGGCGAGAAACGCGGCAUCCUGCCAGACCCUCGGCUCCUUCACAGGGAGCUCACGAGGAGUGCCAGCCACACUGGACCCCACCUGCGGCUCCCUGCGGCCGGAGAUGCCAUGGGCCAGAGGGGCGGGCUUGGUCACGCCCUGGACUGUCCGGAGCUGCGGUCAGUGGGAGCCUGGCGGGCUGCGUUCGGGUCACCUGGCUGCCAUCCAGCAGAAGUCUCUGAGCUUCCUCGAGUCACUGAAGCUGGCCCAGCAGAAGCAGGAGCGGGCACUGGCCCUUCUGCGGCAGCGCACAGAGCUGGAGGUCUGGGAGACGCAGAAGGCCCUGGACGAGCUGCUGUUCAGACGCCAGCUGCAGCGGCUGAUGGAGAAACACUCCACCCAGGCCAGGUCCAAAACGGCUUCAGAGCCUGAGCGGCUGCAGGUGUGUGGGAACCCGGAGCUGAUGACCUCUCGGAGCACCGUGACAGCCAGACCCAGAAGUGGGCGGGGUGGGGGUCAGGACAGACAUCGGGGGCUGGUGCUGGAGCUGUGA